AUGCGAUUCGCUGCGCUCUUCGGGGCAAUCUGCGCGGCCACGCUGGCCGCGGCCGCGCCACGCACCGCGCACAUCUACGUCCAGCCCGUACAGGGCGGCAGCAAACCGAGCCCCCUCGCCGAAGUCGCCUACGACGUGGUCACGCCGGCCACCGCCGAGGUGCUCACCUACGAGGCGCCGGACCUGCCAGACGGCACGUCGACGGUGCGCAUCGGCGUCUACGACGUGACGACCAAGACGUGGUCGUCGGGCACGACGGUGGCCUCGGUCGCCAACUUUGACAAGGGCUUCGCGCCCAACUUUCUGGUGUCUGUGGACGCGCACGGCGCCGUGGUCAGCGCGACGCUCAAGGGCGUCCAGAUUGACGCCGGCCACACGCGCGACUUUGGCCCGCAGGUCGUGCUACUCCCGGAGACGCGGGGCACGCAGCCAGCGCUCAACAAGCCCGUGGUGCUCAACCCCGAGGGCAAGCGCGAGGAGCCGCAGGAAAAGACGCUGCUGCAAAAGUACUGGUGGGUGGGUAUGAUUGUCUUAUUUAUCGCUGUGAGCGGCGGCGGCGCAGAGAAAUAG